AUGGAAUCCAACUUCAAAGGAUUUAUUGAGAGGUGGGCUCCAGUCCUUCGCAUAGUCAUGCUCGUCAUGAUUUGCCUUAUCGCAGUCUUGAUUCGUGUGUUUUCUGUAUUUUUCAUUUAGGUCAUUCGCUUUGAGAGCAUCAUUCACGAAUUUGACCCUUGGUUCAAUUAUCGGACAACUCGGUACUUGGCUGAAAAAGGCGUCUAUGAGUUUUGGAACUGGUUUGACUCAAAUUCAUGGUUUCCACUUGGCAGAGUCAUCGGAGGAACACUUUACCCUGGGAUCAUGAUGACAGCUGGAGCUCUUCAUCAGUGGGCGAAUCUGCUUACAUUUCCAAUCGAUAUAAGGAACGUCUGUGUCUUCUUGGCACCUAUUUUUUCAGCUUUGACAGCACUCGCAUGCUACCUCCUGACUAAAGAAGUAACAGGGAAGACUGAGCCUAGCUUAUUUUCCGCACUCUUUAUCAGCAUUGUGCCAUCAUAUAUUUCCAGAUCAGUAGCUGGGAGCUAUGACUAUGAAGGAGUCGCAAUUUUCGCAUUACUUUUUACGUUUUACUUAUGGAUUAAAGCUGCAAACACAGUAAGAUUAAUGUAGGGAUCCUUGAUAUGGUCAGGAAUGGCUUCACUUUCUUUCUUCUAUAUGGCUGCAUCCUGGGGUGGGUAUGCAUUUAUCGUCAACAUUAUCCCAAUUUUUGCUAUAGUUCUCAUCUUGAUAGGCAGAUUCAAUACAAAUACGUAUAUUGGCUACUGCUCUUUCCAUAUCCUUGGGACCCUUCUUGCUAUGCAGAUUCCAUUUAUAGGAUUCCAAGCAGUCACAGCAUCCGAGCAUUUGCCAUCUCAUACAGUUUUUAUCUUCAUAAAUGUCUACUAUUUCUGCGAAUGGAUAAAAGAAAAAGUAGGCGAAACAAGGUUUAACACCCUGAAAAAAGUUGUAUUAGGAGUAAGCGCUACAGCAAUUGUAUUGGUUGCUUUGUUUUUGACGUUAACUGGAAGAAUGAAAUGGACUGGAAGAAGCUUAUCUUUAUUAGACCCUACUUAUGCCAAAAAAUUCAUUCCAAUUGUUGCAUCAGUAUCUGAGCAUCAGCCUACAACUUGGUCAAGCUUUUUCUUUGACUUGCACAUUUUGGUUUUCCUAGCCCCUGCUGGGUUUUAUUAUUGCAUUAUGGAGCAUAAUAAUGGGAAACUUUUCAUUGCGUUAUAUGGAGUUCUGUCAGUUUAUUUUGCAUCUGUCAUGGUUAGGCUUCUUCUUGUUUUAGCACCUGCGCUGUGCAUUUUGGCAGGAAUUGGGCUUUCAGAGACGAUUCAUAGGUUUGCAAGGCAUAUUAUACAUUUUAGGGAGUGGUGGGACUAUUAUAACACCCCAGAAGAAAUAAGAGGACAUAAGCCUAAGUAUGGCUACCCAUUAGAACUGUCAAUACCUAUUUUGGUUAUAUUAGCUAUCAGCGUAAUUGCUUUAUAUUAGCCAUAAUAAUAAAAUAGCCUAGGAUAAAAACGUAAUUCACUCCGAAAAAAAACCUUUUCCCUACCAAACUUAGAAAAAUAUGAACCAUAAUAUGUCCUGCAGAGAGUCAAGAUAAAGCGACUGGCGUAGAAUCAGUUUAUGCUGAGAAGGAGCAAGUACGGGCAAGCUCCAAACUCACGCACUCUAACAGCACAGGCAAUCCACCUGCCGCCGGCAACAACCGCGUGGAGGACUCUGGAACCUAGAGGGUGGAAUCGUACAGUAAGUCCGGCAGUUGCUGAACCUUCUCGCGGUAGCCUCGGGUGAGCACGAUUAAUUCAGAUGGUAUAUCGACCAGAAUUCUUAUCAGAAAUUAAGCAGUUAACGAUAACGAUAGUGAUAUGCUUUUUCUCAUGCAAUGCCCUACCAUUAGGUAAACGGAGCUUGAGCUCCUGGGACAGGAUGGCUGGCCUUAGCGGUGUGGGACGAAAACUGGGCAGUGUAGGCUAUCCGAGUCUCUGCGUAAUUCAAAAUCAGCAGAGAGGUGUAUCUACUGAGGCAAGAUGGAAAAAAGUCCAUCGCUCAUCGGAAUCCAGGAAUCCAACGGAGGAGAUGCAAUUAAUUGGGUGCAAUUGCAUUGAAGAUGGUGUCCUGACGAAGACAAUGGGCAUGAUAUGCGAAGAUAAGCUGCCUUACCGUCGAUAGUGGUAGGUAAUAAUAGCCUUAAGGGCAAGUGCGGUGGGCUUUGGCUCCACCAUAAAAUUGUCUUACGACCUCUAAAUGUAAACCUAAACUUAUGGAGUUAAUUUUUUAUACAUAGACUUCUUCAGAAGAAGAGAAAAUGGUAAGGAAUUUUUAUACUUCGCCGCCUUGUGUGUGUAUACCUCUUUCCUAAACUGGUAUAAAAGGCAGGACCCUUAGGCCAAGUAGACGCUGAAGGAAAGUAGGACAGAGCGAGAUAACGCGAAGCCACUAGUGUUUUAAGUGCUUCUGGGUUCACAGGGACUAGGAGGAGCGAUUCGAUUGCUUGCAAGGUCCACAUGAGUCGAGAGUAGCAAAAAAACAAAAAAAAAAAGCGCCACCUUUACUGCGCAACUAAAUGCCUAACUAAAAGUUAUUUAAAUUAAGUUAAUUGUUAUGCGUGCUUAUAUUAACCACUGCGUGUGGGUUGGAGCAGAAGCUUAUUCUUCACCUACCAUUAUUAUGUCCCACAAAGGUCAUGAUGGGGAAAAAAUUAUUGUGGAUGACUACAGAGAAGCCUAUUACUGGCUUAGGAUGAAUACCAAGCCUGACGCAAAAAUUAUGUCAUGGUGGGAUUAUGGAUACCAGAUUACUGGAAUGGGAAAUAGAACUGUUUUGGUAGACAAUAACACCUGGAAUAAUACACAUAUUGCCACUGUCGGAAUGAUUUUCGCAAGUGAUGAUGAUGAGUCAGCUAGGCUUUUAAGGAAACUAGACGCUAAUUAUGUACUUGUACUCUUUGGAGGGUUAAGCUACUAUUCAGGAGAUGAUAUUAAUAAGUUCUUAUGGAUGAUCAGGAUUGCGUCAGGAGUGUUCCCACAUAUAAAGGAAGAUGAUUUCUUAAAUAGAGGACAAUACAGAGUGGAUGGUGGUGCCACUGAAACUAUGAUGAAAUGCUUAAUGUAUAGACUUUCUUAUUACAGAUUUGGACAAGUAGGAGGGGCUUAUGGAAAAGCACCUGGCUAUGAUGUGGUUAGACAGACUGAGAUUGGACUUAAAGAUUAUGAGCUGAAGAAUUAUAGAGAAGUCUAUACUACUAACUUACCCUUUUAAGUUGGCAUAAAAUAUUCAGUUCCAAUUUAUAGAUGAGUUAAAUUUUUUUGAUGAAAAAAUUGUUUAAAAAAUAAAAAAAAAAAUUAAUUGAAUGCAAUAUAUUGAAUUUUAAUUUAUUCUUUAUGAAGAGUUGAUUCAAAAAAUUAAUCAAUUCAGUGUGAAAGCUGUUUAUAUUAUAUUCUAUUUGCACUCUACCAUUAAAUUAGGUCAAAACAAAUUUUAUAAAAAUUUAUCUAUGAAAUUUUCCUAUACAAAAAUUUUGGUUAUAAUUAAAAGGUAGGAGUAAGCAUUGGAUAAUUAGGAUUUUUGAAAUAUUGCCUGAGGAUAAUAGAGAGGUAGCUAGAUCUAAAACUCAAUACAUCAAAAAAUCAGAAGAUUACUUGCUGCAGUACAACCUCACACGUAGCAAAACAAGACCAAGCAAAUAA